AUCUGCACACCUGGACGGACCCCUGCAGGGAGACACAGCUGCAUAUUCAACUCAAUCUUCUUCACACAUAACAGCACCUCACAGGGACAUCUAUGAGAGAACAAGGGUGGAGAAAGUUCAACCGUAUUAGUGGUGUGAAUGAGGACUAUAUUUGUUGCUUUCCAUCUUCACACACACCGUUUCACACCAGCACCAUAGAGACCAGGACAGAAAUUUAACUGGGGGAGCAGAAAGCUCUGGACCAGAGUGGAGAAAAGAUCCUUGGUUUCUCUGGCACCAUGCAGUCAGAUGACCUCUUCAUCCGCAAGUUUCGCCGGCAGAACAUGCGGCCGCCUAUCGCCACCGUCAACUUUGACCCCAAGCGUGAAGCAGGUGUAGUGGAGUGGCCGCCCAGGAGGGAGGCUGAUGGGGCGGACGUAGACAGCCUAACUCCGAGCCGCGUGGGGCUGACGCUGAGGUCGGUGGGCCGGGGCCACAUCAUGCAGAGAAGUAACAGCGAUGUCACCUUAGGGGACCUGGACUCCUCCGGGAAGGCGGGGGGAAAAGCAGCCCGGGCAGUUGGGGAGAAGGUGGGCACAGGGUCUCAGGGGGACGGGGGUGUGCUGCUACACAGGGAAUACGGCAGUCUGUCCUCACUGGAGAGACAGACUCAGGCCCAGGAGCUGGGAACAGACGACCAGGGGCCCCUGAGUCCAAACGCCCUCCGCUUCAAAGACCCUUUCCUGCUUUUAGGACUGCAGGGCAACCCUCCAGAGCCUGAUGGAUUCUUUCGGGGUCUGUCUGUCUCCGCAGGGGAAUCCCCGAAACCUGCCAAGCCGCCGAAGCCCGAAGGUCUAAGUAAGAAAUCCAAACCCCCUCAGAUCCCCCAACCAGGGCCGUACGACAACCUCGGAGGCGGAGCCUGGGUGAGGAACUUUGCCCACUACGAUGUUCAGAGCAUCCUGUUUGAUUUAACCGAGGCGGCCACAAACAGAGACAGCAUCGGGCGGAAAAAGAACAUCACCUCAGGGGCUUCAGCCGCCUCCCAGCUGCGCCCGCUCUCCCAGACCACCCCGUCUUCACCCGCACAGGGCGGGGGAGGGAACGGGUUGAACGCGGAUGACCCCGAGCAGUCGCUGCUGCUGGACGAAGGCGACGGCAACGAUAACGAGCUGCUGCUCAGCUGCCCCCACUUCCGCAAUGAGACGGGUGGAGAAGAGCAGGUGGGUCUGGGUCGAUCCCAGGGGGGGCGGGGACUCUGGUCGAGCCUGCGAACCCCCAAUGAUGCGGUGUCGGUCCUGGAGGAGCCCAGAGAGAGCCACGUCCAGCAGCAGGGCAAGAGCAACUACUUCAUAGAGCAUGCAGACCUGGGAGCCCAUUACUAUCGCAAAUACUUCUACAUGAAAGAACACCAGAAUUUCUUCGGCAUGGACGAUCGCCUCGGUCCAGUGGCCAUUAGUUUCCGUCGGGAGGAGAAAGAGGCAUCCAGCGGAGCUCAGUACAAUUACAGAAUCAUCUUUCGCACCACAGAGAUGAAGACGCUGCGAGGAUCCAUCCUGGAGGAGUCUGUGCCUUCUGCCGCUCGUCACACCACCCCUCGAGGCUUGUCUCCCAAGAGGCUGCUGGAGUUCAUCAUGCCCGAGCUGAACCUGCACUGCCUUCGCUUGGCCUCAAACUCCCCCAAGGUCCGAGACACCCUACUGAAGCUGGACGAGCAGGGGUUGAACUUCCAGCGGAAGGUCGGGGUGAUGUACUGCCGGGCCGGGCAGAGCUCCGAGGAAGACAUGUACAACAACGAGAGCUCGGGCCCGGCGUUCGAGGAGUUCCUGGAUCUGCUCGGGGGGCGCGUACGGCUGAAGGGCUGGGAGAAAUACCGAGCUCAGCUGGACAACAAGACGGACUCAACCGGGACACACUCCCUCUACACGCGCUACCAGGACUAUGAGAUUAUGUUUCAUGUGUCCACUAUGCUGCCCUACACAGCCAACAACACACAACAGCUGCUGAGGAAGCGACACAUCGGUAAUGACAUCGUGACAAUCGUGUUCCAGGAGCCAGGCGCUCUGCCCUUCACUCCAAAGGCCAUCCGCUCACAUUUCCAACAUGUCUUCAUCAUCGUUCAGGUCCAUGAGCCCUGCACUGACAACACCUAUUACAGGGUGGCUGUGACACGCUCUAAAGACAUACCAUUAUUUGGCCCGCUGUUCCCAAAGGGCGCCCGGUUCCCUCGCUCGCCUGCCCUCAGAGAUUUCCUCCUGGCCAAGGCGGUGAAUGCUGAAAACGCUGCGGAGAAGUCGGAAAAGUUCCGCUCCAUGGCCACCCGCACGCGACAGGAAUACCUGAAGGACCUGGCUGAAAAUUACGUGACCACCACGCCCAUCGACUCCUCCACCAAGUUCCCUCUGCUCUCUCUGGGAGGCAAGCGCAAAGACAAGCUGAAGGGCGCCAAAGGGGCCGAGCUGCACAGUGCCGGGGCGCUGGUGUGGGCUGUGAUGGUCAACGGCGGGGACGAAGGAGAGGCGGGAGAGCACAAGCUGCCCUGUCUGCUCGGGGUGUCGGCCGAGUCGGUGGUGCUCAUCGAGAGGUGCACGCGCAGGGUGGUGUUUAACUGCUCCUGUCGAGAUGUCAUCGGCUGGAAGGCCGUGACAGAGACUAAAGAGGGCGGGCCCUGUUUGGAUAUCUUCUAUGAGCGUGGGGACUCUGUGUCAAUCAGUGCAAUGGAGAGCCAGGCGGAGGAUAUAAAAGAGGUGGUGCAGAGGCUAGAGCUGGUGACACGGGGCUGCGAGGCUUUUGAGGUCACCCCCCUGCGCGACGGCGUCGGGCAGCCCGGCUUCCUGAUGAACGAGGAGGGCUUUGUGACGGAGCUGCAGCGGUUCUGCUACGCCGAGAGCGGAGGCCUGCAGCUGUGGGCUCGUGUGGUGCGACUCUGCGGACACUCGCUGGUUCACCUGAGCCCCGAGGAGAGGACCAGGCUGCUCCGCACCGCGCACAAGAUCCACAUCACCGUCAUCCCACCGGACGAGAACGGCAAGCCUCGCAGAAGUUUCUCCGAGCUUUACCAGAAAGCCAUCAAGGAUGCAGAGUGUAAACCGGGUGAGAACCAGUCCGGAGAGGCCUGGGUACUAGACGAGAGGGAAGAAGAAGAGGAGGAGGAGGAGGUGGAGGAGCAGGAGGAGGAGGAGGUGGUGGUGGAGGAGAUGAAGGAGGAUAAGCUGAAGCCGUGUGGGGUCGAUGAAGCGGACAUGACGGAGGUGGAAGUGGAGGCCGAAGAGGGCGAAGGGCAGUCGUGUGAUAAAGGGCAAAGCGAGAGGAGUCACGGCUCGCUCCUCACGCCGCCCAGCUUACCGUUGUUACGGGCCACUUCUCUGCAGGACCAGCCGACCAAUCAGAGCCAGGAGGGCAGCGGCUCGCAGCUCACACGCAGCUGUUCUCUGGAGAGACAGCCGUCCUACAGGGAGACGUGUGAUGGGCACGUGUACGACAACGUGGGGCUGAAGGGUGGACGCCACAUCUAUGAGAACGUCGGCGAGCUGAGAGACGCCACACCUGAUCUGAUCCUGGCCGUCAAACCCAAGGUUCCCCUGGAGGACGAACAGUUCAUGGCCGCUGAGUUUGGCGAUGACAAAGCUUCGGUGAGUGACUCGUCUUCCCGGUUGUCGUGUUUAGACCGAGCUGAAAGAAAUUCACGAGCCCUCAGUAUUCAUAACUCCAUCACCAAGAUUCUCUCAGAGACGACAGACUCGACUGAGGAGGAGUGGCAGUCCAUCGCUGACCUGGCCACCGCCUGCCGCAGCAUCCUGGAGGCUUUGUCACGAGAGGACCGUAAAGCCGGAGACCCGUCCCAAGCAGGAGCCGACCAGACAGACGGAAAGCUCAGGGACUCAAAGGAAAGUGACUCUCCAGGCCACCUAGAAGAGAAGGUGUCUCAGCUGGAGUCCAUGCUGAAGAGGCUGCAGGAUGACCUGCAAAAGGAGAAGGAGGACAAGGCGGUGCUGCAGGCCGAGGUGCAGAGCCUCCGGCAGAACAACCAGCGGCUGCAGGAGGAGUCGCAGAGCACAGUGGCUCGCCUCAUCAAAGUCACCGAGCUGCUGUGCAACGUCAACAAGCCCUGUUAGCUCCCAAGCUGCACGCACAAACGCACACAAAUCAGUAGAAAGAUGCAAAUCGUACAACGUGCUUGUACGCUCUAUUUUGUUCGUACAUACUUGCAAAGGCAGACACACACAAACACACUUACAAACAGUCCUAAAUCCUGGACCUGCCUGUUGGUGAGGGAGUAUGCAAAUCAACUCAUAAAAAAAAAAGAAAGAAAAGACAUUUCUAACAUCCCAUGACCUUCAUAGACUGACCAGUGUGCAGCUUCCAGGCUGCUGCAGUGGUGUGCUAUGCCAGAUCGCUUCUCUUGGUGUGUAUGAUAUGUGCGUGGAUGUGUGCGUGCAUGUGUGUGCGCCUGUAUGUGUGCAUCUCUUACUGUACCUUGCUUCAAAUACUUGACAAGCUGAGGCUGAAAAGCACUUGCAUAAAAAGUGGCAAUUAAGACUGAGAGACACUGUAUAGCAUGUUUGGUGGUGUCUUAUCUGAAAUGACCAAAAGUGUAUAUAUAUAUCACCAAUAAUAUAUGUGAACAGUAGUAUCGCUAUCCUCUCUUGCCAGACGUGUAGUUGCGAUGUCUGAGUGUGGUUCUGCCCCGGCCGGCGUUGAUAGUGUGGAAACAAAACACAACAAGGAAAAAAAAAGGGAACAUGAUAAUGACAAGCCUGUAGGCAGCCUUCUACUUCAAAAGAUGUAAUGAUGCUAACUGACCGGCCCGUUAUGUAAGGACAUCAAACUCUGCUCUCUUCUCUUCUCAGAAGUACUGUAUUCAAGAACUCUGGAUUUAAAAAAACAUACAUAAAAAGGACAUAAACUGGAAAUGUCACAAAAGAUGAACUGAGCAUGCCUGUCCCUCCUGGAAGUAUGUAUGAAAACAGUAUUAAAGGGAUACUGAAAAAGGGUUAUACCUCUUCUGAAGACGCAGACAAUGGCAGGAAAAGAACUGCUUCAGCUUCCUUCCAUGAUUGCCUGUAGCUGUUUUCUUCUAACCUCACUAUUGUAGCAGCCAUACUGUAGAAGAUCUCCUCCUGCUGGCCUGAACCACAAAAUGCCAAAAGGCAGCUUUUAUUAUUUCAGCUGGCAAAAUAGCUUUAGGUGUCUGAAUAAAACACCUUGAACUAAUAGUGAAAUACAGAAUAUUGUAUUUAAAAAAAUGUUUUGUGUUUGGCGGAUGUCUACAGUGACUGUUUUGGGUAAUUGUUUAUUAGUAUGGCUUAUGAGUGGUAGCGGUAAGGACAAUAGGUGAAAUCUUACCAUUCCACCCUGAUGUGUGUUUGUGUGUGUUUCUGUGUCGUUCUUGCACUUUUUUUUGUAAAAUCAGCACUGGACAGGGCACAUACUGUACUUUAUUUAGCCCAGGUUACGUCUCGCUCAACAUACAAAGGUGGAUUAAAUCUCAUUCCCCCCUCCUCCUGACACCACCUUUACCUCACCUUUUUGUGUCCACUGCUGAUGGCACCAAUAACAAACGUGUGUUCAGAGGAGUCGGACUGCUUCUCCUCAGUGCCAACGAAAAAAGAAGCCCAGGCAGCUCUCCUGAACCCCCACCGAGAAAUCAAACAGAACUGACCACAAAAACUACAAACUGCGACAAAAAGGGAUGCCAAACGUUCGCCAGUCACUCAGACUCUCUUGUUUAUUGUACAAACUUCCUCUUGUAAUUUUAUUUUAGAGUCACUGUGAAUACCUGGUACCAGCAUAUUAAGAUACAGUAUAUACAGAUUAAAUUAUGAAUUGAAACUUUAUCAGUAUGUGAAGAUACUGUAUGUACAGCUGAAGUGUUCCAUGUUACUUAGUGCAUUGGGGUUGUGUAUGCCCUCCUUUUGCAGGAUGAUUAUGCAGAGUAGUGUUAAAGGGAUAGUUUGGAGUUUUUUUUAAAAGUGAGCUUGUGUGAGGCACUUAUCCAAAAUCAGUGUAUUACCUACAGUAGGUGUUGGUGUGCACAACUCCAGUUUGGAGAAGCGGCAUGUUUAAUGGCCUGGAAGUUAAGCAAUGUAGUGCAGCAAGAAAUCAUAUUUUACCACCGAAAAUAUCAAUAUGUACCAUUAUAUUCAGAAUAUUUUCAUUGCUUUAUCUUGCCGUCAGACAGCCAUGUUUAAGUUGUAAUACUUUUUUCCAGUCAAAGCCACCAGACUAGAUUAUAGAAGUUGCUGGUUUAACCAACUGCAUCAUUCUGUUUUAGUCUACACUGAAUUUAGAAUACUUUCACCACUUUACCUUGCUGUCAGACAGCCCUGUUUAAGUUUAUGUGGUCAGAUCUGAAGCUGUUAUAUGCUACUGUCAAAACCACUAACUGAAUGAAUGACACAGUGGUUUAACCAGCAACUACUAUAUUCUGCAAGGUAAAUUACCCUUUUUGUCAAUGGAGUCUGGUGGCUUUGAUUUGAUUUGAAAGUGUUAUGACUUCAGUCCCUGUUGCGUAGAGUUAACAGGGCUGUCUGACGGCAAAAGUGAAGCAGAGAAAAUCUUCGAAAUAAAUUGUACACUUAAACCGAUAUUGAUUUUGUUGCAGGCAUUUCUCCAGACUAGGGUGCAUGCUGACCGCCAUCUACUGCAAAUAAUAUACUUUAAAAAAAAUCCAAACUAUGGCUUUAAUCGUGGCCAUGCAGGCAUCCUGUUUCAUCUCCCGUACAUGCUGAAGCCUCAUGACUGAACAGGGAAACGUGGUGUGAGAAAAAGACCUGUUUUACUGUGUCUUGUAUAGUUAUUUAGAUUGUAGGAGGUUGGUCAAGCAUGAGAAUGUGCCAAGCGACUUCCAAGCUCCCCUCUGUAUGUGUGUAUGUAUAAAAAUGUAACUUAUUAAUCAUGCAAAUGUGGAUUUUCUUGUAGCUGUUUAAACUGGAGGAAAAAAUGUGAAAUAGGGCAGAGAGGAAAGGUGGGCUUGGUUAUAAAUUUCUUUUGUAGAGAACCAACAACCAUGAUAUGAAAUGACAAAAUACUAUCUGCAAAUCUUGCUAAAUGUGAUCAUGGUUUUCAUUCUAUUAUGGAGCUAUUUCAGCUAUAGGUCUUAAAACACCAUUAGGUACGCCUUAAUGAGUGAAACUAGAUGGUCAAACUGGUCAUACUGGUGUUAUGUGAAGGCUUAUUUCUCUGACUUUGUGCCUACCAGAAAAUGUAAUGUAUGCUAACCCAGCUUAGUGACCUCAUUUCUUUGUCUUUGGUUGCACUUACUGAGGUUUUUUUUGCGGCAGAUGAAGGAUUUUCUUAGAGACCGUACACAACAUCUGGUCUUUCAUCUGCCGUGCAAGGAAAAGUCACUGAGUAACACAUGAUCUGAAAGAACAGAUAAUAAUAAUAAUAGAUGUGUGUUGUUGGUCUGAAGAAUCACGGAAGCUCGAUGAGCACCACUGACUGAUAGAAAGGAACAAACCGACAAAUAUAUGAUUUUUAAAAGCGAAUUAAAAGGGAAAAAGACACUGAAAAUGACUGAUGAUGCAUUGAAAUCAAGUUUAAGUUGAAAUGAAUGUGUUGAAUGGCGUAUGCUUCCUCUAAAGGAUGAUUAUUUUGGUAUUUAAAUAUUUAAAAAUAAAUUGUCUCAGAAAA